AUGUCUUCGAAAAUUAAAUCUGGCCAUAAAAUUAAAACAAAAUCAAAAUUCAAGGUUCAGCAUCAAAAACAUAAAGUAUUUCGUGCUAAUGAUCCACUUCUGUCUGUUUUAAUGUGGGGAGUAAAUUUUACGAGUCGCCAAUUAGAUAAUGUAAAUAUUCCUGUUAUGCUUCUUCCAGAACAUUUUAGAGCCUAUAUUAAAAUUCGUACUGAUAACCAGAAUUUCAAUAAAGAAGUGAUGCCGAGUCAUUUCAAAGUAAAAGAAUAUUGUCCACUAGUGUUUCGUGCUUUUCGAGAAUAUUGGAAACUUCACGAUAGUAGUUUUCGAGAUUCGUUAUCGGACUCACCAAUUUCACUGGAUCAACCAGCAAAGUCAAAUUUACCCAUUUAUUUAUCAUCGGACAGACGUUUUGUACUAAAAUGUAUUUCUAAAGAAGAUGUCGAACAAAUACAUCAGAUAUUGCCAGAAUAUCAUAGAUAUAUUGUUGAAACACAAGGUGACACGUUAUUACCUCAUUUCUAUGCAAUGUACCGUUUAACUGUGGAUGAUAAAGAAAAUUAUAUUCUUGUCACGCGAAAUGUUCUAUCCAGUAAACUAAGAAUACACACAAAAUAUGACGUUAAAGGUUCAACAGUAGAUCGUAGUGCAACUGACAAAGAAAAGUCAAAAUUCAGUCCGACAUUAAAAGAUAACGAUUUUAUUAAUGAUAAAAGAACCAUUGAAAUUGGUGAACAAAAGAAAGCAUUCAUGGACAAAUUAAAGCGAGAUGUUGAUUUUUUGGUUAGUCAACAUCUAAUGGAUUACUCGUUGUUAAUUGGAAUUCAUGAUCUCGAGAAAGGUGGAGUACAAGAAAGAGAAUAUACAUUGUCAACUGGAAAUGAAAUAGGAACGUCGGAUUUAUCUGGUAACGAAAGUGACAACAAUUGUCCAUCUGACGGGUCUGAAAGUCCAACGACAGGCAAUGACGAUGCAUCAUGCAAUGAUGAAACAUUUAUGGUCCGAAGUUCUGAGAAUUCUUCUCGUCGUGAAUUAUAUUGGAUGGCUAUUAUUGACUUUACCUAUUAUGGCAUGAAGAAGAAAAGUGCGAAUGUAGCUAAAACAAUGAAAUAUGGUGGUGACGAAAUAUCGACCGUUAAGCCAGAACUUUAUGCAAGAAGAUUUUUAGAAUUUAUCGAAAAAAUUAUUGUUUGA